AAUAUAUGCCAUCAAAUCGGAAAACCUAGAAGAAAUGGAUAGAUUUCUGGAUAUAUACGGUCUACCAAAACUGAGUCAUGAGGAUUUGGAAAAUCUAAAUAGAUCAAUAACCAAGAUGGAUACUAAAUCAGUAAUAAAGACCCUCCCAAGAAUCAAAAGCCCAGGACCAAAUGACAUUACUGCUGAAUUCUACAAAACUGUUAAGGAAGAACCAAUUCCAAUUCUUUUCAAACUAUUCAAAAAGUUUGAAAGGCAGGGAAUCCUUUGAAACUCCAUCUAUGAGACCAGCAUCACCUUAAUUCCAAAACCAGAAAAAGAUACAAUAAAGAAAGAACUAUAGAUCGAUUCCAAACAUGGCGACUCCGCUGGGCGGCAUGUUCUCCUGGCUGCCACCGGGGCCCCCGCCACCAGGGUCUGGACUCCCAGACCAGGCUUCGCUUCUUCAGGCAGCACCAGGAACUCCAAGAAGUUCUAACAGUACCUUGGUGGACGAGUUGGAAUCAUCAUUCAAGGCUUGUUUUACUUCUCUGGUGAGUCAGGACUAUGUCAAUGGCACCGAUCAGGAAGAAAUUCGAACUGGUGUUGAUCAGUGUAUCCAGAAGCUUCUAGAUAUUGCAAGACAAACAGAAUGUUUUUUCCUGCAAAAAAGAUUGCAGUUGUCUGUUCAGAAGCCAGAGCCAGUUAUCAAAGAGGAUGUCUCAGAACUGAGGAAUGAACUGCAGCGGAAGGAUGCGCUGGUGCAGAAGCACUUGACCAAGCUGAGGCAUUGGCAGCAGGUGCUGGAGGACAUCAACCUGCAGCACAAAAAGCCAGCCGAGAUCCCCCAGGGCUCAUUGGCCUACCUGGAGCAGGCGUCUGCUAAUAUCCCUGCCCCUCUGAAGCAGACCUGAGGCAGCCUUGGACAGACAGUUCUGCCUCUCAGUGCACCUUUGGACUUGGAAUUGGGAAGCACUCUUUGCCAGAGAAUGAGAUGAUUCUGGUUUUAUGCUCCCAAUUAAAACUUCCCCCUGGUUUUUAUAAAUUGUUAAUUUCUUGCAUACUUUAUAAAAAGGCUUUAGCUUAAGAAAGUACUUUUCUUUUUGUCUUGUGCAAAGUUGAGACAGUGUGAUG